UUACCUUGUCGAUAAUUAACUCAGAAUUCCACUGUUUCCAAAAAAUGUAUAAUCACCUUCACCCACAGAGGGCAGCCUUUCUAUUUCAUUCAGUGGGUCUACCACUGAAACUGACGAUCAUUGACCCCACAGUGGUGUCCAUAAUUUGAGUAAUAUUGUUCAAGGACUUUCAUUCAAUUCAAGCAUGAGGUAAUGACUUAAUUUACACCAACUGGUAAAGGAUGAUUUCUACCAAAAGUUAAAAACCAUUUGCAAAAUGGAACCUGUCUCUUUAAGGCCGGGAUAGUGCUGUCCAUGAUGACGAUCUCUUGGGUUUUUAUUUAUAGUCGCUAUGGUUGGCGAGCGAGAGUCUUUGUUGGAGAGAGGCGCGGAACACCAAGUGAUAACAUUUGCUGAAGCCUGCUUCGGGAAAGAGUUCAGACUAUGGAAGACACCACAUCUCCAUCCGCACGACGGUUAGCAGUCUUCAUCCACGCUUAAUUUUCCAGUGUCGACGCAGUACAGGGAAAGCCCACCCAACACUCUGCUUGUGCCCAUCUCUCUCUCUCUCUCUGUCUCUCUCUCUCUCUGUCUCUCUCUCUCUGUGUCUCUCCCUCUCUCUUUAUCGCUCCCUCUUCCUCACACAUCACAGCCAUGGAGGACAAACGGAAGAAGCGAAGCCCCAAAGUGUCCCUACCUCAGCCACCCCCUCCUCCCAUCAACCCUCGCAAGCUCCCUGUCCUCCCAGCCAGCAAGAGUGCCACCUUCUCCUUGGGGCUUCCCCAUCCCCCCUCUCCCAAAAACAGGAGCAAGGUGAAGCGCUCUCUGGGGACGGUGGGCCAACCGUACAAAGAGGUUCUCAGCGUUCCGGUAGUUCCACCAAAGAACUCCAGGCCUCACAAGGAGAAGCCCAGGGCACCUCAGCCUGCAGGACCCAGUAAAGUCAACCAGUCAUCAUCCAUGCAGCACUCAUUCCUAACAGACGUCUCGGAUGUGAGAGAGAUGGAGGGCGGCCUCCUCAAUCUGCUGAAUGACUUUCACUCGGGCAAACUGCAGGCAUUUGGGAAGGUGUGUUCGUUUGAGCAGCUGGAGCAUGUGAGGGAGAUGCAGGAGAAGCUGGCCCGCCUGCACUUCAGCCUGGACAGCCACGUGGAGGAGCUGUCUGAGGACCAGCGGAAGAGCGCCUCCGACCGCAACCUGGAACACCUGCUCUGCAACCUGGAAGAACUCAGCAGCUCCAUACAAAAACUACACCUGGCUGAAAAUCAAGACCUUCCGAAGCCAACUGGGCCCUGAACCGCGACGGUCAGGGUGUCAAAAACACACUCCAUUACUUCCAAAGCAAGAUGCAAAGAUUGCCAUGACUACAUUUCAAAUGCCAAAAGCUAGUUUGGUUGCUAAUGUAGAGAUAUAAUUCUUUAUUUCCUGAAGCUUUCAAGAGGAAAAUCAAGCAACAGUAGCAGCAGAAGCACAGAGCAUGAAUUGACAGUCAGAGGUAAUCUCUUGAACUUUAUGUGAUGAGAAGUGUUAGUGGUACAUUUUACAAAAGAAAAAAUUCUGAAGCUGUUAAAACCAUCUCAAAUGGAGACUUAAGUUGAGUGUUUGUACCAUUUGUGAGGAGGACUCCUGGACUAAAUGUCUGUAAGAGUACUUCAGCCACUUACCAGAGGCUUUCAGAAGCACAUACAAUUGAUGGUCAUGGAUUUUAAGGCCCCAUUGCCCUCCCGUAUCGAUUGCAAGUAACGGUGCUAAUGGUGGUAAUCAUAUUUUCCUGGUAAGGCUGCAGUUAUGCAUCAGGUUAAAAUUGCAGAUAUCUCUCUCUCUCUCUCACACACACACAACAUUCUCUCUCUCUCUCUCUCUCUCUCUCACACACACACAACAUUCUCUCUCUGUCUGUCUCUCACUCUCUCCCUUAAGAAAAUUGCAGAAGCAUUUCCUUGAAUUGUUGCUGUUCUCUGCCCUUAAUGGUCUGGGGAUAACAUUAUGAAACUCAGGGAAUGGAUCUGCUUGGAAAACUAAAUGUAUGACUAUGAUCCGUGCCUAAACUCUCUUUUAUUGACGGCUUCUUCGCCGUUAUUUGGACCUGCCACUAGGAUGUGAUGCUUUGAAACAACUACAGCAAAAAUGAGUCUGAAAGAAUAAUUGCUAUGAAGAAUUACAUGCUUGAAAAAUGAAAAUGAAGUGUGAUAAAUUGUAAAUUGGCUUCAACUUGGGUAGCACUCUCAUGCCUAAUCUUGAUUGUACAACAACAGCGCCAUCUCAGUGUCUUUCAUUCUGAUUUCUUGUAGGUGACAUCUGUCGCACAUAGUUGAUGAUAACUGACAUCAGUGUGUAUUGGUCUUAUUAGAUGUGUCCCUUAAAUCUUUGAUUUUAUACCCCUUUGUAUCUGAGAGGUGAAACAUUUUUAUGGAACACUUCUAUGAAUCCAUAAGGGCCUUAAUCCUUAACCAUUUCUGAAUUUAGCACAGAGCAGAGUUGUAUCCAGGUUGUGUGUGGAAACCACAAGAGUGAUAUUGACACAGUUCUAAAGCGGAGACCGAAGUGUUGCCUAAAUAUUGUGAAAACCUUAAUGAGAUAAUAAGCGAUGCGGAGGGAUUCUAUCAUAGCUGUAUCAUUCUAACAUAAAAUAAUUAUCAUUGUUGAAGUGUUGUUUCUUAACAUGGUAUUUGAAAAUGUUAUUUACGUUGUCCCAUUCGGGCUUAUAACUUGUGUUGUGGUUAGUCAGUCAAGUUCGAAAAAGAUAAGACACUGGUGUGAAUCUGGGAACCUAGCCAAAGGGACUCUGAUGCUGUGAGAACAAUAAGCACUGAUGUUUUUUGGAGAAACUACUGUAAAAGAGGACGCACAUGCUUAACCUGAAAUGUUAUGGUUCUCAUUGUCUACCUGUUUUUAUUUCAAAGUGCAAAUGUAAACGUAGAGAAAUGACGCUGUUCCUGUUAAUGCUUUAAAGAAUUUGAUACCAAGUUACCAGUGAUACAGAUAAUGUUUUAGAAUUUAGAGGAGGUGUCAUGAUGUGUGAGAGACCCAUGUUUCCCUCAGUGGUUGUGUUUAUUUAUAUGACCUGUAGGUGUAACAGUAGGGCUUAAAACCAACUCUUCAGCAAAGCACAAUGCUAGAGAAAAUAUAGUGUGACAUAUUGCACCUAAGAGCUAUAGUUGCAGUCCCAGAAAUACUCAAUGUCAAAACUGAAGACUGAAGUUUAAUGUUGUGCACACAGCCAUAGACAGACUUAAAAGCCAUAUUUUCUUUUCUGUCAACAAUGAAUUAUCCUUGAUAACUAAUUUUAUACCAUGAGAUGGUCAAUUGAAAAAAAGCUGAAAUUGUCUGACUUUGUCCUUGUUAUAAAAAAGCAUAUUGCCAUAAAACAAUCUCCAGAUUCUGUUACGCAUUCAGGAUUGUGUGCACACAGAUGUAACCCUUUACUCGCUUAGACCUUUGAUCUGCUGAGCCUACCUCAUCCUCCCAAGGAACACCUUGCAUUUACCAGUAGCCUACUGUGCUAAACGGUUCAUCAAUAUUCUGUAUGAAACCUUUUAUGUCUAUUUAUUUAUAUACACAAUAAAAGACUGAUCCCGUG